UUCACCUGGAGAGAGAGAGAACCGGGUCUUCAGUGUUCAGUCUCGAACCGGUGGGCCGGAGGGAAGGAGCUCCGUGACCCUGAAUCUAUUUUACAAACCGUUCAUCUUGUCGCAAACACGUCUCUCUCGUUCCGUUUCGUCUCUUUUCUCUCUAUUUUCCUUCGUCUCGUCUCGUUUCACCGACGUUCAUCCUCGUGGUUCAUUCGAUCGGCGCGGGGACGACGACGGUUCUGCUGUCUGGAUCCGUGCACCACGACACGGCAGAGAUCGACGGGUCCAGUGUGGUUCCGAAGGACUCCCGGGGUCUGUCGCGGGGACGUCGGUUCGUUUUGUGCAGUGAGAAUUCUCGUCGGCGGACGCCGGAACGGAGCACGUCCGUGGUGUUACAUGUAACCGGGACAAGGAUCGGGACGCGGAACGUAGGAGCACCAAACCGAUAAUAUGCUGAUAAGAGAAUUGGCGACCGCGUUGGUCGCCGUCCUCUUGUGCCAUCUUCAGCUAACGGAGUCUCAGGUUCCUGCCACGAAUGUCUUCACCUGUCCGAACGGAUGGGAACUGAGGGGCAUACACUGCUACAAAUUCUUCAACAUCAGGCACUCUUGGGGAAAAGCGGCGGAGCUAUGCAGAAGGUACGGCAGCGAACUGAUGGUGGUGGAGUCGUACAGCGAGAACAACAUGUCCGCGAGCAUGAUCGGCCGGCAUUUGGAUCGUUACUGGCUGGGACUGGCCUCAGCCGACGAUUUACGGACCAACACGCUCGAAUCGGCGGCAGGAAUGCUCGUCUCCCAAUACGCCGGUUUCUGGGCGUCGAGGCAACCGAAUCCGCAAUCAGGUGAAUGCGUGGACGUCGCGCUGACGGACGACCGGCAGACGUGGGAGCUAACCACGUGUGAAUCAUUGCUUCCGUUCAUGUGCCGCGCCAACGCCUGUCCCGCAGGAUCGUUCCACUGUUCGAACCGUAAAUGCGUGAACGCCGCGUUCAAAUGCGACAAGCAGGACGACUGCGGCGACUUCUCCGACGAGAUCGACUGUCCCGCUAACUGCCAGUUCUACAUGGCGAGCAGCGGCGACGUUGUCGAGAGUCCUAAUUAUCCGCACAAGUAUGCACCCCUGAGCAACUGCAAGUGGACCUUGGAGGGGCCCCAAGGACACAACAUCCUUUUACAGUUCCAAGAAUUCGAGACGGAGAAGAGCUUCGACAUAGUGCAGAUCCUGGUCGGCGGCCGUACGGAGGAGAAGUCCGUGAACCUGGCGACGCUGUCCGGCAAGCAGGAGCUGAGCAACAAGCUGUUCGUAUCAGCCUCGAACUUUAUGAUCAUUAAAUUCAGCACGGACUCUUCCGUGGAGAGGAAAGGUUUCCGUGCUUCUUGGAAGACCGAACCGCAGACCUGCGGCGGUAUUCUGCGAGCGACGCCUCAAGGACAAGUGCUCACUUCGCCGGGAUAUCCGCAGAAUUAUCCGGGAGGCUUGGAAUGUCUCUACAUCCUGCAAGCGCAGCCUGGCCGUAUCAUGUCUUUGGAGAUCGAGGACUUGGAUCUCGAAAUGAACCGUGAUUACAUUCUCAUCCGAGACGGUGACUCGCCGAUGAGCAGACCAAUCGCCCGGCUGACAGGAAAAUCGGAGGAUAAUCCGACGGUGAUCAUGUCGACCGGCAGCAGCCUCUACCUGUACCUGAAAACGAGCCUCGGCGACUCGAGGCGCGGAUUCAGCAUCCGAUACACCCAGGGAUGCAAAGCGACGAUCAUCGCGAGGAACGGGACCGUUCAGUCGCCGUCAUUCGGGCUGAACGACUACCCUAACAAUCAGGAAUGCUUGUACAGAGUGAAGAACCCGCAAGGAGGGCCGCUGUCCUUGAAAUUCGUCAGCUUCAACGUUCACAAGACUGAUUUUGUACAGAUCUACGAUGGUCCAAACACUAACGGACUCAGGCUGCACCCUGGGAACGGAUUCACGUCCAACACUCGACCGAAAAUCACGCUCACUGCCGAGAGCGGAGAGAUGCUGGUCCGGUUCACUUCGGACGCUCUGCACAGCAGCGCUGGCUGGCAAGCUGAGUUUUCAGCAGACUGUCCGUACCUUCAAUCGGGCGAAGGAGCUCUGGCCUCCAGCAGGGACACCGCGUUCGGCACACCUGUCACGUUCUCGUGUCCCUUGGGCCAGGAGUUCGCAACCGGCAAGCCCAAGAUCACCACAGAGUGCCUCCCAAGCGGGAACUGGUCCGUCACUUACAUCCCCAACUGCCAGGAGGUCUACUGCGGCCCAGUCCCACAAAUUGACAACGGCUUCUCCAUCGGGUCGUCCAACGUCACUUACAAAGGCUUGGCUACCUACCAGUGCUACGCCGGCUUCGCGUUCCCAUCCGGUCGACCGACCGAGAAGAUCUCGUGCAUGGCCGAUGGCAGAUGGGAGAAGAAGCCUUCUUGUUUGGCCUCGCAGUGCUCGCCACUUCCCGAAGCCCCCCAUUCGAAUAUCACGAUCCUGAACGGUGGAGGUCGCAGUUACGGAACCAUAGUUAGGUUCGAGUGCGAGCCAGGGUACGUCAGAAGCGGACACCCUGUUAUCCUCUGUAUGAGCAACGGUACCUGGUCCGACGAGGUGCCAACGUGUUCCAGAGCAAAGUGUCCAUUGCUGCCCACGAUCAAGAACGGUUUCGUGGUGGACAUGUCCAGGGACUACUUUUAUGGCGACGAAGCGAGGGUGCAAUGCAACAGAGGCUACAAACUAUCCGGCUCGAACAUCAUACAGUGUGGACCGAAUCAGCACUUCGAUAACGUUCCUACUUGCGAAGAUAUCAACGAGUGUGCGUCGAGCCAAUGCGAUCUGGCCUCCACCGAAUGCAUAAACAAUCCCGGAGCGUUCACCUGCAAGUGCAAGACUGGCUUCGCUCCUACCAUGGAGUGCAGGCCAAUCGGGGACCUUGGGCUCAUCAACGGGGGCAUUCCUGAUGAGUCGAUCACCGUUUCGAGCUCCGAAAAUGGAUACAUGAAGACGGGUAUCCGUCUGAACAACGGCGACGGCUGGUGCGGCAACAACAUCGAGCCGGGGACCAACUGGGUGAUGAUCGACAUGAAGGCUCCCACUAUCAUCCGCGGGUUCCGAACCCAGGUCGUUGCCAGAGUAGACGGCAACAUAGCGUACACGUCGGCAGUUCGCAUACAAUACACCGACGACCUGACGGACGCCUUCAAGGACUACACGAACCCUGACGGCACCCCGGUCGAGUUCAGAAUCCUGGAGCCAACCCUGUCCGUUCUGAACCUGCCGGUGCCGAUCGAGGCACGGUACAUAAGGUUCAGGAUACAGGACUACAUCGGCGCGCCCUGCAUGAAGCUGGAAAUCAUGGGAUGCACUCGUCUGGAGUGCACGGACGUGAACGAAUGCGCCAUCAACAACGGCGGCUGCCAUCAGAAGUGCAUCAACAAUCCUGGCAGCUACGCUUGCAUGUGCAACACGGGCUACGAGUUGUACAAGGGCAACGGCACGGCUGGAUUCUACAUCGAGAAGUAUGAAACUGGGGACAGGGAUGGCGACUUGUACCAGAAGAAUAAGACGUGCGUGCCUGUCAUGUGUCCUGCCCUGUCCGCGCCGGAGAAUGGAAAGACCUUGUCGACCAAGCAACAACAUCACUUCGGCGAUCUGGUCAAGUUCCAGUGCAACUUCGGCUACGUGUUGUCCGGAUCAUCGGCCGUCAUUUGUACGUCCAGCGGCGUUUGGAACGGCACUACUCCGGAGUGUCAGUAUGCGAAGUGCGUGUCCUUGCCGGACGACAAGAACGAGGGUCUGUCGGUGGUCCGCAGCGACGAAGCGAGCGUCCUGGUGCCAUUCAAGCAGAACGUCACCCUGAAGUGCGGCAGCAACGGUCGCUACCUUCGCAACACAGCUUCCUCCGGUUUCCGUCAGUGCGUCUACGACCCUAAACCAGGUCUCCCGGACUACUGGCUCUCGGGAGCUCAACCUGCCUGUCCCAGAGCCGACUGCGGGAAGCCGCUGCCCACUCCUGGCGCCGAGUACGGUCAGUACUUGGACACGAAGUACCAGUCGUCCUUCUUCUUCGGCUGCCAAGACACGUUCAAGCUCGCUGGACAGACGAACCGACACGACAACGUCGUCAGGUGCCAAGCGAACGGUAUUUGGGACUUCGGCAACCUUCGGUGCGAGGGUCCAGUCUGCGAGGACCCUGGCAGGCCCAGCGACGGCUUCCAGGUAGCCAGGAGCUACGAGCAGGGAUCGGAAGUCCAGUUCGGCUGCAGCAGACCCGGGUACAUUCUCAUCAAUCCAAGACCAAUCGUCUGCGUCCGCGAGCCGGAGUGCAAGGUCGUGAAGCCUUUGGGCUUGGCUUCCGGUCGCAUCCCGGACUCCGCCAUCAACGCGACCUCCGAGAAGCCGAACUACGAAGCGAAGAACGUCCGGCUGAACUCCGUGACCGGCUGGUGCGGCAAGCAAGAGGCCUUCACGUACGUCAGCGUCGAUCUUGGCCAAGUGUUCCGCGUGAAGGCGAUCCUGGUGAAGGGAGUGGUCACGAACGACAUCGUCGGCAGGCCCACGGAGAUCAGGUUCUUCUACAAGCAGGCCGAGAACGAGAACUACGUCGUCUACUUCCCCAACUUCAAUCUGACGAUGCGGGAUCCCGGGAACUACGGCGAACUGGCGAUGAUCACCCUGCCUAAAUAUGUUCAAGCGCGGUUCGUCAUCUUGGGCAUCGUCAGCUAUAUGGACAACGCGUGUCUCAAGUUCGAGCUGAUGGGCUGCGAGGAGCCUGUCGCGGAACCACUUCUCGGCUACGAUUAUGGCUUCUCUCCGUGCGUCGACAACGAGCCUCCGGUCUUCCAGAACUGUCCCCAGCAGCCGAUCGUCGUCCAGAAGGGAGCCGAUGGAGGACUUCUGCCUGUUAACUUCACCGAGCCCACUGCUAUCGACAACAGCGGCAGCAUUGCCCGUCUCGAGGUGAAACCUCACAGCUUUAGGACACCUCUGAGGGUGUUCGAGGACACUGUGGUGAAGUACGUGGCGUUCGACUACGACGGAAACGUCGCUAUCUGCGAGAUUAACAUCACUGUUCCAGACUUGACGCCACCCAAACUGAGCUGUCCCCAGAGCUACGUGAUCGAGCUGAUCGACAAACAGGAAAGUUACACGGUCAAUUUCAACGAAACUAGAAGACGAAUCAACGCGACCGACGCUUCCGGGCCAGUGAAGAUCACUUUCGUGCCGGAAAGAGCGAUAAUACCGAUCGGCAGCUUCGAAAAUGUGACCGUCUACGCGACUGACUCCAGCGGCAACAGAGCAUCCUGUCAUUUCCAAGUCUCCGUACAAGCUACUCCCUGCGUUGACUGGGAGCUGAAGCCUCCGGCUCAUGGAGGAUUGAAGUGUGUGCCCGGUGACAAGGGUCUGCAGUGCGUAGCGACCUGCAAGAACGGCUUCAGGUUCACCGACGGUGCUCCCACGAAGACGUUCACCUGUGACGUGAACAAGCACUGGUCCCCCGCUUCGGUUGUUCCCGAUUGCGUCUCUGAGAACACUCAGCAGGCUAACUAUCACGUGGUGGCAGCGGUGACUUAUCGCGCAAACGGCGCAGUCUCGAGAUCUUGCCUCCCGCAGUACCAGGACCUCAUGUCUCAGUACUACAUGAACUUGAAUAACAUCCUGACGCAACGUUGCUCCGCUGUCAACGUAAACAUGAACGUGUCUUUCGUGCGAUCCGUCCCCUAUUUGCUGGAAGAGAACGUGCUGAAGAUGGACUUCAUUCUCGUCAUCGUCCCGGCCGUACGGCAGCCCCAGUUGUACGAUCUUUGCGGAUCUACGCUGAACCUGAUCUUCGAUCUCUCCGUUCCUUCGACCAGCGCUGUGAUAGAGCCUCUGUUGAACGUCUCUGCCAUUGGCAAUCAGUGUCCACCUCUCAGGGCAUUGAAGUCGUCUAUUACCAGAGGGUUCACGUGCAGUAUCGGCGAGGUUCUGAACAUGGACACCAACGAUGUUCCACGAUGCUUGCACUGUCCCGCGGGCACCUUCGCCGGAGAGAAGCAGAAGCAAUGUACAUCCUGUCCAAAGGGUUUCUAUCAAAACAGCGACCGCCAAGGCUCCUGCCUGCGCUGUCCAUUCGGCACGUACACGAGGGAAGAGGGUUCGAAGAGCAUAGACGACUGCAUCCCAGUUUGUGGAUACGGCACCUACUCGCCCACGGGUCUGGUGCCAUGUCUCGAAUGUCCCAGGAACAGCUACACCGGCGAACCUCCGAUCGGAGGCUACAAAGACUGCCAGACCUGUCCAGCAGGAACCUUCACCUACCAGCCGUCCGCGCCAGGUCGCGACAGAUGCAGAGCGAAGUGCUCUCCCGGCAUGUACUCGGACACUGGCCUAGCACCCUGCGCCCAAUGUCCGAAGGACUUUUUCCAGCCGCAGCACGGGGCGACGACAUGCGUCGAGUGCCCAACGAACAUGUACACCGAUGCUCCAGGUGCGGUUGGCCGAGAGGAAUGCAAGCCUGUGCAGUGCACCGACAGUGUCUGCCAGCACGGUGGUUUGUGCGUUCCCAUGGGCCACGGUGUUCAGUGUCUUUGCCCUGCCGGCUUCUCUGGAAGGCGAUGCGAGAUCGACAUCGACGAAUGCGCUUCCCAGCCUUGCUACAACGGCGCGACCUGCAUCGAUUUGCCACAGGGAUACAGGUGCCAGUGCGCCAAUGGGUACUCCGGGGUGAACUGCCAGGAGGAGAAGUCGGACUGCAGCAAUGAAACCUGCCCAGAGAGGGCCAUGUGCAAGGAUGAGCCUGGGUUCAAUAAUUACACGUGUCUCUGCAGGUCCGGGUACACCGGAGUCGACUGUGACAUCACGAUAAACCCCUGCACCGCGAGCGGAAACCCUUGCAACAACGGCGCGACGUGCGUAGCCCUGCAGCAAGGUCGCUACAAGUGCGACUGCCUGCCAGGCUGGGAAGGUCAGAGCUGCGAGAUCAACACCGACGACUGCGCGGAGAAGCCUUGCCUACUAGGAGCCAACUGUACCGAUUUAAUCGCGGACUUCAGCUGCGACUGUCCUCCAGGAUUCACCGGCAAGCGCUGCCACGAGAAGAUCGACCUAUGUUCAGGAAAUCCUUGUCUGAACGGCAUCUGCGUGGACAACCUGUUCAGCCACGAGUGCAUCUGCCAUCCCGGGUGGACCGGUUCAGCCUGCGAGACCAACAUCAACGAAUGCUCCGCGAAACCCUGUCGCAACAACGGCCAGUGCAUCGAUCAGGUGGACGGGUACACCUGCACCUGCGAGCCUGGGUACACUGGGAAACAGUGUCAGCACACCAUCGACGAUUGUUCGUCGGACCCUUGCCAGAACGGAGGAACCUGCUUGGACCAGCUGGAAGGAUUCGUGUGCAAGUGCAGGCCAGGAUUCGUCGGUCUUCAAUGCGAGGCGGAGCUGGACGAGUGCCUCAGCGACCCUUGCAGCCCUGUCGGGACGGACCGCUGCGUCGACCUUGACAACACCUUCGUCUGUCACUGCCGCGAAGGCUACACUGGCGCUGCUUGCGAGAUUAACAUCGACGACUGUGCCUCUGGGCCCUGCUUGAACGGCGCCACUUGCAGGGACGAGGUCGGAGGGUUCAAGUGCGCGUGCCCCGAGGGAUGGACAGGUGUCCACUGCGAGAUCGACGUGGGCAUGUGUCAGAACCAUCCCUGCCAGAACGACGCGGCCUGCGUUGACUUGUUCAUGGAUUACUUCUGCGUGUGUCCCUCAGGAACCGAUGGCAAACAGUGCGAGACCGCCCCGGAACGCUGCAUUGGCAACCCGUGCAUGCACAAUGGCCGCUGCCAAGACUUCGGCUCUGGACUCAACUGCACCUGUCCCGACGAUUAUACCGGCAUCGGGUGUCAGUACGAGUACGACGCCUGUCAGGCUGGAGCCUGCAAGAACGGCGCCACUUGCGUCGACGACGGGCCUGGGUUCACUUGCGUCUGUCCACCGGGAUACACAGGUAAAACGUGCGAGGAAGAUAUAGUUGACUGCAAAGAGAACUCGUGUCCUCCAUCGGCAACCUGCAUUGAUCUCACUGGGAAAUUCUUCUGUCAGUGCCCGUUCAACUUAACUGGAGAUGACUGUAGGAAAUCGAUCCAAGUGGACUACGACCUGUACUUCAGCGACCCGGCUCGCAGCAGCGCGGCACAGGUGAUUCCGUUCUUCACGGGCGGGAGCAAGAGCUUAACUGUGGCCAUGUGGGUGCAGUACAUCCAAAAGGAUGAAGCAGGAAUCUUCUUCACACUUUACGCUGUUAGCUCUCCGCACGUGCCAACAAACCGCAGGCUGAUGAUCCAGGCGCACAGCAAUGGCGUGCAAGUGUCCCUGUUCCAUGACCUUCAAGAUGUCUAUCUUCCGUUCAGAGAGUACGCAACGAUCAACGACGGCCAAUGGCAUCACGUCGCUGUGGUAUGGAACGGUGACAACGGCGGUGAACUGAUCCUAAUUACCGAAGGUCUUAUUGCUAGCAAGACCGAGGGCUAUGGCAGCGGUAGAUCUCUGCCAGCAUACGCCUGGGCUGUCCUCGGGAAGCCGCAAAGCGAGAACUCGAAGGGCUACACCGAGUCUGGGUUCCAAGGUCACCUGACCAAGGUCCAGAUCUGGAGCCGAGCCCUGCACGUGACCAACGAGAUACAAAAACAGGUCCGAGACUGUCGCACCGAGCCUGUCCUCUAUCAAGGCCUGGUGCUGACUUGGGCUGGUUACGACGAAACGGUUGGAGGCGUUGAGAGAGUGGUACCGUCUCACUGUGGACAAAGGGUGUGUCCGCCUGGCUACGGUGGUAGCAAGUGCCAGCAACUGGAGUCCGACAAGAUCCCACCCAAGGUGGACCACUGUCCGGGUGAUCUAUGGGUGAUCGCGAAGAACGGAUCGUCCAUUGUCACCUGGGACGAGCCGCGGUUUAUCGACAACGUCGGGAUAGCGAGGAUCCAGGAGAAGAACGGGCACAAGUCUGGCCAGACCUUGAUGUGGGGAACCUACGACAUCAGCUACGUUGCUUACGACCAGGCUGGCAACUCUGCCAGCUGCAAUUUCAAGGUCUACGUGCUCUCUGACUUCUGCCCCGAGCUGGCCGACCCGAUCGGAGGCACCCAACAGUGCAAAGACUGGGGCUCUGGUGGACAGUUCAAGGUCUGCGAGAUCUUCUGCAAUUCCGGACUCAGAUUCUCGCAGGAGGUACCCAAGUUCUAUACCUGCGGAGCCGAGGGCUUCUGGAGGCCUACCAAUGACCCAUCUCUUCCGCUGAUCUAUCCUGCUUGCACAAGUGCUACGCCGGCUCAGCGCGUCUUCAGGAUCAAGAUGAACUUCCCGACGUCGGUUCUAUGCAACGAAGCCGGCCAGGGCGUGCUGAAGAAGAAAGUCAGGGACGCCGUGAACUCGCUGAACAGGGACUGGAACUUCUGUUCGUACUCUUUCGAAGGGACUCGCGAGUGCAAGGACUUGAAUAUCGACGUGCAAUGCGACCAUCGUGCACGCACUACCCGCGAGACCAACGAAGAAGACGGCGGCACCUACAUCAUUUCCGCUGUAGUUCCAGCGGAAUCAACGAGACAGGCAAGGCAAGGCAGUGACACCUACGAGGUGGAGAUCUCGUUCCCGGCGAUAAACGAUCCGAUUUUGAACGCGAACUCGAACGAGAGAGCAACAGUGCAGACCUUGUUGGAGAGACUGAUCCUGGAAGAAGACCAGUUCGAUGUGCACGACAUUCUGCCUAACACGGUUCCCGACCCGGCAUCGUUGACUCUGGAGUCGGACUAUGACUGCCCUGUUGGACAAGUGGUUAUGGCACCCGACUGUGUGCCCUGCGCCGUGGGAACCUACUACGACGAGGAGUCGAAGCAGUGUCUGUCCUGUCCAAUCGGCAGCUACCAAAGCGAGUCGGGCCAGCUGAAGUGCAGUUCCUGCCCCGUGAUCGCGGGACGUCCAAGCGUGACGGUUGGUCCAGGAGCUCGAAGCGCAGCGGACUGCAAGGAACGUUGUCCAGCCGGGAAGUACUACGACGACGUGGCCGGUUUGUGCCGGAACUGCGGCCACGGUUUCUACCAGCCGAACGAGGGCAGCUUCUCGUGCCUGCUCUGUGGCCUCGGGAAGACGACCAGGACAGCGGAAGCUGUGUCCCGCGAGGAAUGCAGAGACGAAUGCGGAUCGGGCCAGCAAUUGGCCGUCGAAGGGAAAUGCGAGCCUUGCCCGCGCGGAAGCUACCGCACGCAAGGCGUGCAAGCUGCUUGCCAGUCCUGCCCCUUGGGCAGAACGACGCCAAACAUGGGAUCUGCGUCGAUAGAGGAGUGCUCUCUCCCUGUCUGCGACCCGGGAACUUAUCUGAACGGUACCCUGAACGAGUGCAUGCAGUGCAAAAAGGGCAUGUACCAGUCCGAGCCGCAGCAGACCUUCUGCAUACCUUGUCCGCCCAACACCAGCACCAAGGGAGCUGCAGCUACCAGCAAAGCAGACUGCACGAACCCCUGCGAAACCAGCGACGCGGAGAUGCACUGCGACGCGAAUGCAUACUGCCUGCUGAUCCCGGAGACCAGCGACUUCAAGUGCGAGUGCAAGCCAGGCUACAACGGGACCGGCACAGAGUGCACGGACGUUUGCAUGGGCUACUGCGACAACGAAGGGGCGUGCUUGAAGGACUCACGGGGCCAGCCGUCUUGCAGAUGCAGCGGCAGCUUCACCGGCAAACGCUGCACCGAGAAGUCCGAGUUCUUCUACAUCACCGGAGGCAUCGCCGGUGGUGUCAUUCUGAUCAUCUUCGUCGUCCUCUUAGUAUGGAUGAUCUGCGUCAGAGCUUCUCGCAAGAAGGAGCCCAAGAAGAUGCUGACUCCAGCCACCGAUCAGAACGGCUCGCAAGUGAACUUCUACUAUGGCGCGCCUACACCGUAUGCGGAGUCGAUCGCACCGUCCCAUCAUAGCACUUAUGCUCAUUAUUACGACGAUGAGGAGGACGGUUGGGAAAUGCCGAAUUUCUAUAACGAGACUUAUAUGAAAGAGAGUCUGCACAAUGGUAAAAUGAACAGUCUCGCUCGUUCGAACGCCAGUAUUUAUGGCACGAAAGACGAUCUGUACGACAGACUGAAGCGUCACGCGUACCCUGGCAAAAAAGACAAAAGCGACAGUGAUAGCGAGGGUCAGUGACGGCGACGAGCGACGACGUUCUACCAGCGUAGAAUAUAAACAAUUAAAUUAAAAGCAAGCUCCCUUCCCCACCCACCCUACCCCUAUAUACGAACAACACGGAGCCCUCGUUGCUCCAUCGUCGAGUUCUAAUUAUUUAUUGUUCCCGAUAGACGAACGUUGUUGUUGCCCGGUUCGCGCAGUCUCAGGGAGCCGAGACAAUCGAAAAUGAUUUUUCGAACGCGACCGAUGGGCAAAGCGGGUUUGUUUAAUCGACGGUUAACCAACCGAGUCCUGGAACGAUGAUCCAUUGAUCGUCGCUUCGGCACCCGUCGGUCGAUUAAUCGCCCGGUGAAAUUCGGAUCGGGGUCACGCGAUCACGCGUCGCACAAACAUAGGAGACACAAACUCGAAUAACACAUACGAACGCACGUACGCGCGCAAAAGAAACGCGCGAGAAAAACAAACAUACAGAGGGAAAAAUAGAAAGAAAGACUACGCGCGAGGUUGUAAUUUUUUGUAAUUUAAUACCGUGUCUAUAGCCGUUAAGGACUUUAUUAUAUUAAUUAACUCCUACGAUUAACGGUGCGAGCGAGAGAAGAACGUGUGUGCAUGUAUGUUAAUACACCUAUACAUAAGCGGAUUUAUAUUUUGUUACUAUAGAUGCUCGUAUCAUACGCUGUAAAAUAAUGUUCACGUAGGCAGGCAAAGGCGCAGACGCGCAGAGAACGCGGCGGCGAGAAAAAGAACAGCGGGCAGAGAAAACGCCGGCGGAACGCGUUCGAACCGCGGCGUUUCUGUUUCGGAGAAACCGCGACACUGUUCCGCCAAUUGCCAAGAGGUCCCGGGUCGAAGUUAAUCGGCGAACUGUCUAUUUAACGCCUUUCUCGUUCCAGAGAGUCGACGCGGAGGAAACGACCUCCAGCGGCCAAUUAACUUCGACUCGAACUCCUGUAGUUAGCACUUCGGGGAAAAUCAAAAUCAACGACCAUCCGAGAGAACACCGCGAACAUGUACAUUCGACCGAGCCUACAACGCUGUUUUUUCACUUUUUACUGUAAAAACUUUAACAAACGGUUGUUUUCUUCUUUUUUUUUAUUAAUAAAAUGUAUUUCGAUAAUA